GAUUGACUUGUUAAAAUUUAAGUUUAUAAACUUAUUUAAUCAACAUAGAGGUGUUGACACAGAGAUGAGAGGUAGAGCGAGAGGGAGAGCAGACGGACGCCAAACACGGACAGCACGGGCAACACUGAGUUUCGGACAUGGGAGAUCACGAGGGAGAAGCAAACGGAGGAGCUAUCGGACAGAGGAGCAGAGAAGAGUGCAAGGAUGGAAAUCCAGUAAUGAGGGAAUGUACAACAGAGGCCUGUAUAAACAAGCAACGCCAUAUUUCUUCACCAACUUCCCAGAGGAGUGGAGCUAUGCAGAGAUGUGGAUGACGUUCCGAAAGUUUGGAAGGGUAUUAGAAAUCUACAGCCCAAGUAGAAGAAGUAAGAAGGGGCAUAGAUUCGGAUUUGUGAGAUUCCUUGAUGUGCAGAACAUAAAGGAGCUGGAAAGGAGGCUUGACCAGAUAUGGGUUGGCAAUUUCAAAUUACGGGUGAAUAUUCCAAGGUUUAGAAACGAAGAUCUGAACAGGGAAGAGGGGUAUAGAAAGAAACCAAGAGUGGAACCAAAGAUUCAAAACAGGACGUAUGCAGAGGUGGUGAAGGGACAGUAUGGAAUGGAAGCAAGAGGAGACGCUGAGGCAAAUCAGAAAGACAGUGGGAGAAGAAGUCAUGGGAGGGCCAUCAGAGGAAGUAGUACUCGAACGGACCUUCGAAGCAGUGAAAAAACUCGAGUCUGGAAGGAGAAAGGACAGGGAGAACAAUGGACUGGCAUGGAGUACAAUGUAAAGGAAGAAGAAUAUUCAUGGCUACAAGGAUGCUAUGUGGGGAAGGUCCAUUCCGUUGAAAUGGUUCGUAAUCUACAGGAGAAGUUCUAUAUGGAAGGCUAUUUCUCUUGUAGAAUUCGUGCAAUGGGGGGUAAACUGGUGCUACUAGAUUGCGAUGAUAAAGAGGAAUUGAAGGAUCUGGUUGAGAUAGCAUCAGAUUGGUUAGCGCAGUGGUUUGAAGAGGUGAGCCCAUGGACCCCGGAGAUAGUGGCAUCGGAAAGAUUUGUUUGGAUUAGGUGCCAAGGAGUCCCUCUAAAUGUAUGGAAAUCGGAAUUCUUUGCAAAUAUGAGCUGUGCAUGGGGGAAGUUUAUCUGUGUCGAUGAUAGUACCAGCCAAAGGAGGAGAUUCGACAUUGGCCGAUUUUUGAUAUCAACGCCAAUCAUGGAAACGAUUUCUGUCAAGAGGGCUAUAAGGAUUAAUGGAUCCAUACACAACAUUAAGUUCACAGAGGAGGAGUUUACCAAUGGGUUCUUCUCAUUGAAACAGGAUUUCUUGCCUACAUUCCAAAGCGACUCAGAAGAACAAGAAUCCUGGAUGAUGGACAGUGAGGAAGAGGAGUUGGGCGGUGAGGGAGCAGAAGAAGCACGGGGUGAUUCUGGUGCAGGCAAGGAAGCUGAGGUUGAAGAUGAGGACGUGGCAAGCUGUUGGGAGGAGAGCAACGGUAAAAUUUUAACACAAGCCGUGAGGGGAAGUGAGAAGACAGUUGAUAGGGUCUCUGACACCCUGCAAAAAAUUCAAACUGAGAUGGAAGGGGAAGGCAAAUCAGACAGGGAUCUUUCGGGUGGAAGGAGAGGGAGUUUUGAAAUUUCAGCUGGGCCCAUGAAUGAGGAGGAUUAUCUGGUGGGCUUGCUCGAACAUAGUAGAAGGGGGUCUAAAGAGGAGUCCAAUAGGAAGGAAAAAUUAGCAGGAGAGGAGGUGUCUAAUAAAGUGGAGAAGGCCCAAGUUAGCACCUUGAAGAAGGCCCAAAACUUUGUAGAUAAAGGAGCUGCAGAAAGUCAAAGGGAAACAGGGUCGGUGAAUAGCAUAAAUGGAGAACUCGAAACUGCUGGAAAAGGGGAUGAGAGGGAAGACGACAGGCUAGUAGAAGGGAUAGAUGGAAAAGCCGAAGGGAUCCCAAAGAAGAGCAAGAGACGAUUCCGGUCAUGCAGUUCGGUGUACUCGAAAGAGGGAUUCCCUCACCAAUUUCGGCAAGAAAGCAGAGACCGAAAAGGAAGAAGGCGAGGCUUUGAGGAGAACAGAGCACAACCGGGUUUCGGGGCAAGCCCAAGAGGAGAAAUAGCUGGAGAAUCUAUUGGAGAUAGCUGCAUUCAAAACUGCAACAGAGCAAUUAAAAAGCAGUUGAAGAAAGAGCUGGCUAAGGAGAUCUGGGAAUUAGCGAAGCAGCUGGGAGCUGUGGCCGAAAAUGAGGAAGAAAUAAUACAAAGGAUUGAUGAAUUGGAGUGCAGAGACAAUCGGACACAAGCUAUCCGGGAAAAGAUUGUACCCGAGCAGAGGGAGGAGGAGACUAAGUUAGAGAAGAUUGAUAGGCAUAUGUGCAGAAGGAUAUGGGGUUCGGUGGAGUUUGAUUGGAGUUUUAAGCCAUCUAACGGUAUGUCGGGAGGCUUGCUUUGUGUGUGGAAUGCUAAGGUGUUUAAGAAACGUGAGGUUUUGGAGGGUAAUAAUUUUAUUGGAGUUUAUGGGGUCUGGGGGGAGGAGGAGACGCCAGUUUAUAUUCUAAAUAUUUAUUCUCCAUGUACUCUAGCUGGUAAAAGAGGUCUUUGGGAGGAGCUGCAGUGUUUGAUCAUUAAUAGGAGGGGAAGAUGGUGCUUGGGAGGGGAUUUUAAUGCCAUUAGAUCAGCAGGGGAACGGCAGGGAAGUAGGGAAAUUACUACAGAAAUGAGGGAAUUCAAUGGUUUUAUUCAUGAAGCGGAAUUAAUUGAUUUACCUUUGAUUGGAAGGAAGUGUACAUGGUAUAACUCAAAUGGGUUGCAAAUGAGUAGAAUUGACAGAUUCUUGCUUUCAAAUGAAUGGGUUCUGAAAUGGAAAGAUGUGAAACAGAUGGGACUAAGAAGAACAGUGUCAGACCAUUGCCCAAUUUUACUGAAAAAUGAGAAGGUGGAUUGGGGGCCGAAACCGUUCAAAUUUUUUAAUGCUUGGAUAGAUCAACCAGGAUGCAUAGAAACUAUCAGAAAAGCUUGGAAAUCUUGUGAAGUGAAUGGCGGCUAUGGACUCAGGUUGAAAGAAAGGCUGAAAUUCACCAAAAAUGCUCUCAAGGUGUGGAGCGGAAGCUCAAUGACAACAGUUGAGAAGAAAAUUAUGGAGGCUGAAAUUGAGAUUGAAGAGCUGGACAAGAAAGGAGAAAAUAGCUUAUUGACUCACUCCGACAUAGAAAGAAGGAGAGGGUGCGUUAUCGAUCUUUGGAACAACUUAAAAACCAAGAAGAGUAUGUGGCAGCAGAAAUCAAGAAAAAUGUGGCUCAAAGAAGGAGAUGCAAACACAAAGUUCUUCCAUAGAAGUGUAAAUGGAAGAAGAAGAAGGAAUGAAAUUUGUAGCAUUAUGGUUAAUGGAAAGCAACUCACGGGAGUGACAGAAAUAAAGGAGGGGGUGGCAGAAUAUUUCAAGAAUCUAUUCACAGAAGAGGUAUGGCAGCGUCCCAAACUUGAUGGAAUUGGGUUUAAGCAGAUAAGCCAAACCGAUAAUGAGCUCCUUGUAGCACCUUUCUCUGAAGAGGAAGUUAGGAAAGUCAUUUGGGAGUGUGACUCUUCUAAAGCCCCUGGCCCGGACGGCUUCAAUUUCAGUUUUUUGAAGUCCAUGUGGGAGGACAUUAAAAAUGAAGUGAUCGGAUUUGUAAAGGAAUUCCAAGAACAGGGCAGAUUAGAAAGAGGGUCUAAUGCAUCCUUCAUUGUGUUGAUCCCUAAAACCGAGAAUCCUCAAAGAAUCGAAGAAUAUAGACCCAUAUCCCUUAUCGGUGUCAUGUAUAAGGUGAUUGCUAAAUUACUAGCAAGCCGCCUAUGCAAAGUGCUACAUAAGAUCAUCGGAGAACAACAGAUGGCAUUUAUUAAGGGCAGACAAUUGGUGGAUGGAGUAGUCAUUGCGAAUGAAGUAAUAGAUGAAGCGAAGAGGAGGAGGAAGAAAAGCUUUGUGUUCAAAGUGGAUUUCGAGAAGGCAUAUGACAAGGUGUGCUGGAAUUUUAUUGAUUAUAUGCUAGACCGAAUGGCCUUUAGUGAUACUUGGAGGAGGUGGAUCCAAGAAUGCUUGAAAUCGAGCAUGGUCUCAAUUCUAAUUAAUGGGAGUCCAACACGCCAAUUUCCGGUCACAAAAGGCAUCCGACAAGGAGACCCUCUAUCCCCCUUUUUAUUCCUGAUUGUGGCUGAGGGUUUAAACGGAUUGAUGACAGCAGCGGUUGACAAAGAGCUGUAUAAGGGUGUGGAGGUCGGAAAGGACGCAGUAUCAAUCUCUCACUUACAAUUUGCGGAUGACACCAUAGUCUUUGGGGAGGCUUCCGAGCAAAAUGUAAGGACAAUUAAGUGUAUUUUGAGGACAUUCGAAUUGGCGGCGAGGCUGAAAAUUAACUUUGGGAAAUGUCAACUUAUGGGCAUAGGGGUGGAUGAUGAUUGGAGAAACAAAAUGGCUUAUAGAUUAGGCUGUAAAGAAGGGGAAUUCCCAUUCAAAUACCUGGGGAUUCCCAUUGGGGGGAGCCAUAGAAGGCUUAAGACGUGGCAGCCAUUGAUUGAUUCGGUUAGGAAGAAACUGUCGAGUUGGAAAGCGCGGUAUCUCUCCCAAGGCGGUCGAAUUACACUUAUUAACUCAGUGUUGUCCAGUCUCCCCGUGUUCUUGAUGUCCGUCUACUUGAUCCCAAAAGGUACGCUUAAUUUAAUUGAUCAAAUUCGUAGGAAUUUCUUAUGGGGGGGAGAGGGAGUGGAGAGAAAAAUUAAUUGGGUAAAAUGGGAUAUGAUUUGCAAAGAUAAGGAGUGCGGGGGGCUAGGGGUGAAAGAUUUAAAGAAGUUUAAUCUAGCGCUUAUGGGGAAAUGGUGGGGUCGGUUAGCAACAGAAGAAGAGGGUCUAUGGAAACGAGUCAUUAGAGGUAAAUAUGGAGGGGGAGGGGGGCAUUGGCAGAACUGGGUGAGAAAUGGAAUUGAGGGGGGAUCUCUAUGGUGGAGAGAUGUCCAGAGGUUAAACAAUGCCGAGAGGGACAAUAUCGGGUGGUUAGCUGAGGGAUUUAGAUUAAAGAUGGGGGAGGGUAGAGAGGUGAGUUUCUGGUGGGAUGAGUGGUGUGGGGGGCGCUGCCUUGCUAAUUCGUUUCCUAGACUAUAUUUGAUUUCUUCAGAUAAGGAGAAAAGAUGCUGCCAAAUGGGGAGAGAGCUUAAUGGAACGUGGGAAUGGAAAUUAAAUUGGAGAAGAAGACUGAUGGAAUGGGAAGAAGAGACGGCAUACAAGCUAUCACAAAUGAUCGAGGAAGUGAAAAUCCAACCAGGAAUCACAGAUAAAUGGGAGUGGGUGCACAAGAGAGACGGCAAGUACUCAUCAUCAUCAGCUUACUCGCUGUUGUCAAAAGCCCAACAGACUCCAAAGGAAAAAUGCUUUAAAAGAAUCUGGAAUCAUAAUAUUCCAAGCAAAAUUGCAGCAUUUAAUUGGAGAGUUGUGCUUAAUAAAAUCCCAACCAAAAUGAAUUUGUUGAAAAGAGGAAUUGACAGUGUGAGGGACGAUGUGAAGUGCAGGCUCUGCGAGGAGGAAGAAGAAGACUCAGCCCACUUGUUUUUGAGAUGCAAAGUAGCGAAAUGGAUUUGGAAGGAGUGUGCUAAAUGGUGGGGGAUCUCUAUAAGGAUGGAGACGGACUGCUGGACAACCUUCGACCACUUUGAGGCAUGGACCAAGGACAAACGGCUCAAAAAUGGAUGGGAUUGUAUCUGGAGUGCAGUGAUCUGGUCAAUUUGGCUUCUGCGAAAUAGGAAGAUAUUUCAAGAUCAGGAAACAAACAUGGGCAAAGAAAUUAACCGGGAGAAGCUGCUGGAACUCAUCCAAUUAAAGUCGUUCCAUUGGAUCACAGCAAAAAAAGAGAGGUAUGCCUUCUCUUUAACGGACUGGUUUAUUAAUCCAGCUGCAUGCUUGAAAGAUUGCCAUAGGUAAAGAAGGGUACCAAAUGAAUAAUCUGUGGGAGGGGAGGGUGUAGAGGAUAUAUGGAUGGUUGUCUAUGGCUUUUCUUUCGAAGGGUAGAAUGGCUGUAUUAUGGGGACUCAUUAAGGCUUUUUGAGCAAUUAUUGACUGUAGUGGAUUUUAGCUGUAGUCAAUGCAUGAUCAAAGUCUUCUGGGUCAGUGGGUGUGAUGGGCGGAGGUUUGUGAUCUGAGCAGGGAGAUUUAUUGAGAAUACAAAGGAAGGCAUCAU